AUGGUAUUACUUAUUAUUAAAGGCAAAAAAGAACUGGACCCUAAUAAAAAGUUGUGCUUUCAUCUCUUUGAGGACUACGCCAGAAAGGCCUCUGUAAAAAUAAAGCUCUUUAAGUAUGGACUUCUUGCAGCAUGCUUGGAGUCUCUCUUGGCCCUCCCACUUUUGUUGGUGGACGCCCUCGUGGAGAGUCUGGUUCAAGCCUUGCAAGUUUCCUUAAGAGUGGGCUUAAACUACCCUCCUAUAGUUUCGGACGUUUUGGACGCCAUGGAAGUCUGGGCUGAGGCGCUGCCACUCGCAUCACUUCAGCGCUGUUGCCGAGGCGUACUCCCUUUUAUUCGCCCGUACCUCUCUACUGCGGUCAGCAUCAGCGUUACUCCUCCCGUCCGCCCGCGCGCCCUUCAGAGUAACCCCAAAUUGGCGACUCCUUAUGACCAGGAAGUGGUCGGGGCCGUUCGUCUCCGCUUAAUUAAGUUCAUUGGUCGAAUAGGCGGUCAUCUAAGUCUUGAGCUGCUCAACGGUGUUCACGACAACUUUAAUGCUGCCCUCAAACUGGAUGGCCGCAUGCUGUGGAGCUCAGAGGGGCACUUACUCUUUGCAUUUCCCUUUGAGGAUGUCAAAAUGGAUAUUACUUUGGAUUUUCUAGUUCCGCAUGUAGCAAGCCUUGCGGAAAGCGCCAGUGAUCGGCAGGCCAAAGUAGCUGCUGGGGAGUUGUUGCACGCGUUUGUACUUCUUUUGGUGGGGAGAAGCGCCCAGUUCACGGCUCCCCCGCGGGAGCCACUCCUCACCUUGUACCGUCACCUUCUGCCUGUUUUGCUUCGUUUGGCUUGUGACGUGGAGACAGUCCUCCAAAAGUUAUAUUCGGCAUUGUGCGAGCAACUCGUUCAUUGGUUUACAACUUCUGCCAAGCAACGCUCUUCGGAGGCAUCGGCCAUGUUGGAUGCCAUCAUAGACGGCAUGGUCAACCCUGAAGACUUUGCUCUGCGCGACUAUUCGUCAAGUCUUCUCCAAACGUAUCUUACGUGGACAAUCAAGCAGGCGCCCGGCCAGGCUGCUCUUAUACAUACCUUUAAACAAUUAACGAAGCGUUUAUACAAUUUGGCCCAACACGGCAACUCUUUUAAGCGUCUGGGUGCGACAACCGCCUUUUCGAGUCUGCUCACUAUUUUCCAGGAGGAAGCAGUAUUAGUAGACACGUUUGCUUUCGAAAUGCUCGUCAACCUCAUUUUGUGCUUGGGACUAUCUCAAAACGAUGACGUCAGCCUUGACACACGUGCAUCCGCCGAAAAAGCCAUCCGAAAACUGGCGAUCAUUGUUGAGCGCUGGGCACAUAUGCUGUGUAAAGACUCUGCCAGGCGGAGGCCCCCGCUGACAUGGGAUUGUCGGCCGUCUAUGAAAACGAUGGUCUCCUGGCUUUUUUCUCAGUUUAAAAUUCGCGAGGAAUACGCACGUGUUCUAUGCAUUGAACUUUUUGACUGUUUCAUUAAACUUUUGGAGCCCGAAAACUCGUCGGCUGCGUGGAUCAAAACCUGUCUUAAACCAAACGGACUUCGACCUCUUCUCGAGAACUUCGAAGCACUUAUGAGGGAUGCUGAACAACGUGGCGACACGGAGGACUGGCUUACUGGCCUAUCCGGCACCCUCGACUGCCACCACUGGGCUUUGAGGGCUACAAGCAUAUCUCCACAAGAUCUCCUUCGUGACGGUUGCUUGCAGAGUAAUAUUUGGAAGUACCUCGAGAGUCUUGCCGCGCAGGCGGAUGCUGCUCCUGCGAGCGGCUGCUUUCCUCUCGAACACCGCGGAAACCAUCGUUUAGGGCAGGACGCACUUUUGCGCUUGUUUAUGUAUUUGGGCGCACUUGCUGGUAGUUACGGUUUACAUGUGAUUGGCGAAAGUUUUUGGAACGAAACUCUCUUUAAAGUGUUUGCCCACGCAUUGCUGGUCCCCACUUCGCUGGACUCGGAAGUACUUCGCCAAAAACGUCCGAAAUUGGCGGAGGCGGCCGACGAGGCUCUUCAGAAAAUGCUCUCAAAGUUUUCGUUUUCAAUGAAGGCCAACCUGAAAAAAGCUUUUGGCGACGUUAUUAGGCGUGCAACUGCCAACCAUAACGGCUUAGCUGGCCUAUUAUCGGAAAUCCAUGAGAUCGACCUUAGGCGCACAGGUCAUCUCUUGUGGGGCUGCCGCCGGGCUCAGGAGGUAGCGUUGCUGGACUGCACAGUUCUGGAUGCUCUUAAAGUUGUAUCUCUUUCGACAGAAAUCCUUAUGAGCUCUCCCGCGCAAAAAGAAGUGGCAGACUCAUUAUUGGAUCUUGCUUUAGCCAGUGGGGAGUGUGACGAGGCGCUGUGGAGUCGGCUAAUUGGGGAAACUCCUGAAGCCGAGAGUACUCAUUUCUACGAACUGUACCGGGCCACCAUCGAUAUACACAUCGUUAAGAACUUUUCCCGUUACGCCUCUCUCCUGCUUAGCAACUGCAGCCUGAGCGCUCGCGUUCUCCACAUUCUCACGCAAGUGACGGAGACGGCUGUGGGCGAACCUUCUUUGGAGGCCUAUAGGACGUCGUUUGUGAGCCAAUUGACGGAAGGCUUUGUGCGACAUUCCGCCAUAUGGCAGCCCACUCAACCCUCCAAAGUUAAGACGGUCUCACUUUCUCUACUUAAAAACCUCAUGCGCUUGGAUGGAUCUUUUAUUGGGAGUCGGGAAAGGAACUCGUCUUUCCCUAUACUCUUUGGAUUCUACACUCAUCUCCUGAAGGACGGGUUCAUGUCGCUGAGUCUUAAGUUGAAUGCUCUUCCUCUUCUUUCUGACUGGUUCUCGGUGUCAGAAUCAGACGAGCCGGUCCUACGAUCGAGCCUGGAACGGUUUAUGGCUCUCCAUUUUCCGCUCUAUUCUUUGGAGUACCCUGAAACAAGUCCUAGACGAAAUGAAUACCUUCACGCCGUGGAGCUGUUGUUUGCUGCUUUGACCAAAUCGGAGAGCCUCAUGUUAUUGGAUGUGCUGAUCCUCAUGUACUGCAAAGGUCCUUUUUGUUAA